UAGGGGGUCUUGGAGGCUCAGGAUGGCGGAUUUCGACGAGAUCUAUGAGGAGGAGGAGGACGAGGAGCGGGCCCUGGAGGAGCAGCUGCUCAAGUACUCGCCGGACCCAGUGGUGGUCCGCGGCUCCGGUCACGUCACCGUAUUUGGACUGAGCAACAAAUUUGAAUCAGAAUUCCCUUCGUCAUUAACUGGAAAAGUAGCUCCCGAAGAAUUUAAAGCCAGCAUCAACAGAGUUAACAGUUGUCUUAAGAAGAACCUUCCUGUUAAUGUACGUUGGCUACUUUGUGGCUGCCUUUGUUGCUGCUGCACAUUAGGUUGCAGUAUGUGGCCAGUUAUUUGCCUCAGUAAAAGAACACGAAGAUCGAUUGAGAAGUUAUUAGAAUGGGAAAACAAUAGGUUAUACCACAAGCUGUGCUUGCACUGGAGACUGAGCAAAAGGAAAUGUGAAACGAAUAACAUGAUGGAAUAUGUCAUCCUCAUAGAAUUUUUACCAAAGACACCGAUUUUUCGACCAGAUUAGCAUUUACUUUAUUUAUAGAGACUUUCCAAGUAUGUUGUCUUUCCAAUGGUGCCUUGCUUGGUGCUCUCCUGGUGGUGACAUAACAUUGGUUCUACAGAAUCGUGUGGUGUUUUUUUCUGUGUUUUUUUUUUUUGUUUGUUUCGUUUCGUUUUGUUUUGUUUUUAAAAUAACCGCAUGUUCUAAGUGUGCAUUUUUGUCAAACUUUGCAAGUUAUUUCAUACAAAUGUUUAAUACUUAAGUUAUUGUGCUCUUUUCUGUUAUGUAUUCUGAUUUUCAAGGAUUACUUUUUUGUAUUAUCGAAAAAAUACAUUUGAAAUUAGCAUAAAAA